AUGGCAGCCAACAUUCCAGGCUUUAAUUCGUUUUCAACCGUUGACACAAAUGGGAAACCAGAGACUUCGGUCAUCACGCUGCAACCGCAUUAUGAAUGGCGGUUUGAAAUCCCCCAGCGAUGUAAAUACAGCAUCAAGCUAUUAAAAGGUACCGCCGAAAUCUUUGGAACCGAAAUUACACAAGGCCCUGAGUAUGUUUUUGCAAACUACAAGGGUGCAAUCUACACCUGGCAUGGUUGUACUUUUGAAUACAAAAAUAUCUCUAAAAACAGUCUCGGUAUGCAAACCCUUGGUCUCGCAAGCAUUCGAGGAAGUGGCUCCGGUGCUUCUGCAGCUUCUUACAAGCCCAGCGGAAAUGCAACUGGAAUUUCCACUGCAUCUGGAUCUGGGUCUCUAGGAAGUGGCACAUCAAACUUUUCUGAUUUUUUGCCUGGAGGUGGGUUUGAAGGCUCAACCGUCGAUGAUGAUGAUGAUGAUGACAAGAAAAAAACAAAUCCAAAUCAAGAACCUGGGAACCCUGACGGAUCAGAAACAAAAAACAACAAUGCUGUACCAACACCAACAUCAGCACCUGUAAUCAACAAUACUGUCAUUUCGGAACACAUUUCAGAUAAAACAGAAAUGACCUUUUAUGCAAACUUGCAUUUUGCAUUUGAAAACAUUCGCCAGAAACAAGCCCUAGAGCUUCCUUCAAACUCAUCAUCACCUCCCUCUACUAAUGCUAGUCCACGGGUGUUGCUGUUGGGCCCUCGUGACUGUGGUAAGACAUCUCUGUGUAAAACCCUGGUGUCUUACGAUUGUAAACGUGGGCGCACGCCAGUUGUUGUGAACUUGGACCCUGUCGAGUCGGUGUUUUGUGCGCCUGGCGCGCUCUCGGCCACCGUGCUUGCUGACAUUUUGGAGAUUGAACAAGGUUGGGGCGGUAGUGCCAUUACAGGACCUGCCCUGUUUCACCCAAAACAGCCUCUCGUGCGUUUUUUUGGACUCGAUAAUCCCAUGAAAAAUGUACAGUAUUACGGUGAAAGUAUCUCAUUGCUCGCGAAAAACGUGCGCGAAAGACUGGACCAGGACCCAAUUGCUGCUGCAACUGGAAUCUACGUCGAUACCCCGGCUGAACUAGUGGCCCAGGAAAACAAAGAAUUGGCCCGUUCACUUGUUGCCCGUAUCAUUGCCGAUUUUGCCAUUAAUGUGGUGUUAGUUGUUGGUGCUGAUGGAUCAGAUUUGGUCGACGAGAUUAAGAAAAUUGUAAAUACAUCUGCUACUGAACAACAACAAACUCCCGCUUUGGAUACAACUACACCACCCAUUGAAGAAACAGACCCCUCCAAAAGUACCUCUGCUGAUACCACUACUGAAAACUCGUCUGUAACCCCAUCACCGUCAACAAUCACCCACAAGGUUACUGUGGUGUCAGUUCCUAAAUCAGGUGGAGCUGUGAUCCGGUCCCCAGAGUUUCUGGUCUCAAUGCAGUCGCGGCUCAUCAAUGAAUACUUUUAUGGUACACCCAAACAACCCUUGUCACCAUAUACCAUAACGGUUGAUUACUCAAUGCUUCAUAUUUACCGUAUUGCUGAGGACAAGCUCUCCGACUCCGGCGAGGUUCUUUCAGGCGACACGGCUGGCGCAGAAUUCACAGCAAACGGGUCCAAUGACGAUGAUGAUGACGAUUACUACGAGCCCUUUGACGAAAGUGCUCGUGCACCUGUAGCAUCAACAACAAGCACUACAGGUGUAGUUACUUCCUCAGUUCCGAAAAAGCCAAAGUAUCUUAUUAAGCUCGAACCUAGUUCCAUUGUGGAGAAUGGGCUUCUUGCGGUAGUAGAUGCGAGCGUGGAUGAUUCAAUAGAUUCAAUUGCCAAGGCAGCUGUGAGGUGUUUUGUUCAUGUGGUUGAGGCGGAUGAUAAUCGCCGUAAGAUGCGGAUUCUUAUGCCUAUUCAUGGUCGGUUGCCCAAUAAACCUUUUAUUUUGGGUGAUUUCCGAUAUACAGAAUAA